CUCACCUCGACCAAUCACGACAGCUGAAAGCACACAUGCGUGCGCAUGCACCAUCCAUUAAAGUUUGCCUCUUUCCCUCCUUGGAGCAAGCUGCCUUGUGGUCUCUUUAGCGACAUUUCUGUCAGUGGUUACAACCAGCUUCAGAAAAUGUCGUUGGUCAUUCCCGAGAAGUUUCAACACAUUUUGCGUGUUGUCGGUACCAACAUCGACGGCAAGCGAAAGGUGCAGUUCGCUCUGACUGCGAUCAAGGGUGUUGGUCGCCGUUAUGCCAAUAUUGUCCUGAAGAAGGCCGAUAUUGACCUGAACAAGAGGGCUGGCGAGUGCUCUGAAGAAGAGGUCGAAAAGAUCAUCACUAUCAUGAGCAACCCGCGUCAAUACAAGAUCCCAGACUGGUUCUUGAACAGACAAAAGGACAUUCAGGACGGCAAAUAUUCACAGCUCAUUUCCAGCAGUCUUGACAGUAAAAUGCGUGACGAUCUUGAGAGGCUUAAGAAAAUCCGUGCCCACAGAGGCAUGCGUCACUAUUGGGGCCUGCGCGUGAGAGGUCAGCACACCAAGACCACUGGCCGCAGAGGAAGAACUGUCGGUGUCUCCAAGAAGAAGUAAAUUUAAAUGUUUCAUUGAAAAUAAAAUCCUUUUCAAGGAAA